UUUUUGUUGUUGUUGUAAAAAGAAAAGAUGCACAUUCCAUAUUCUUAUUAAUUAAGAACACAUCAUUUUCAACAUGUGUGUUUGCCUUUUAAUUACUCUCAUGUUUCCUAUAUAUUUAUUAUAAUUCUGCUUUGUUGUUCAGCAAAUUAAAUUUAUUUGUUAUGUUCAAGAAAGGGAAAAUUCCCAUGUUAGAUAUCCACCUUGGUGGUUUCAUAUUAGUUGAACUUAACACUUUCAAUCAUUAUUUUUCUCUUGAGAUCUCUGCUGCAUAAAAUUCUUUAUUUUACUUCUUAGCUUAUUCUCAAUACUUUUAAAAAAAUUCCAAGUGGAGUACUUUAAGAAGAGCUGAAAAUUUGAUGAACAUAUUAUUAGCUCUAUAAUUGUUGAAGGUUAGCUUUGAUCACGAGGAGAGAAGAGCGGACCAUUGAAAGUCUCAAUUCAUAUUCCCCCAAGGUAGAGGUAAAGAACCCCCGAGAGUGAAAUAGAACAUGAAAGCGUAAGCUCCCAAGCAGUGGGAAGAGCCAGGGCUCUGACCGUGUACCUGUUGAAGAAUGAACCGGUGACUAGUAUGUAACAAUCAUGCCAGCUUGAAAGACACUUUUUCAUUCGGUCUACGAAAAAAGGUUUUUGAGGACACAAUAUGAGGGACAGUGGUAACAUAUCUCAAUACAGAAAUAGACUGGAUCAGACGCUAUCGUCUGAUGAUCUUGUCAAUUAUGAUAAGCUGAAGACCCUUGUCAAGAAUCAAAUCCUAUGCUCCUCGGAGUGUGAUCUUCACGAAUGUAGUGAGACUCUGGUAGAUAGAAGAACCAAGGAAGUGGCGAACUUCCUGAGCAUGUUGAAGAGUGCAUCGGUAACUGAUUCCGAGGCAUCACAUGGUGGUUGGAAAGUACAACAGGACACCGAGGAGAUCCGUGUUAUGUACCGAGAGGGACCAGAAGGCACUCCCUAUCACACCCUUCUAGCUGAAGGCUAUGUGGAUGGCCCAUUAGAUGUUUGUUUUUGCCUCUCUUGGGAAGCAGAACUAUACAAAAAGUGGUGGCCACAAACUAUGAUUCCAACUUUUAAGGUCGCGGCAUCCCAGUGCUUGCAAAAGGUUAGAAUUGGUGAACAAAUAAUUUUAGUAAGGAUGAAGCUUUCAAGGCCAUUGUCAGCAAGGGAAGCAGUGGUACAUUUAUUUGCAUUUGAAUACUUUCAAGAUGGUCUUAUAGUUGUGACUGCCAAUACGAUCUCUGACGUAGAUAGCGUUGAUAGAAGUACGCAUGGUUAUUCCAAAGAUGGGAUACCAGACGCACAGGAUGUAGUACGAGUUGAUCUUCUGGGAGGUUUUGCUCUACAAAAAGUUACUGAUAAUAGGAGCUACUUCAGGAUGAUAGGAAAUUUGGAUAUUAAACUGGAUUUUAUACCUCCAGCAUUAAUUAAUUUCGUCUCAAGGCAGCUCAUAGGUGGUGGUUUCAAGCUUUAUAAAAAGCAAGUAGCUUCAGCUGCUAAAGGUGAUGAAGAUUUCAGUAAGGCUCUGAAGGAUCCACUGUAUGCUCGAAUACAUGAGUCUCUUUACUCCGAUAAAGUACCUAAUGGUGAUAUAGCUUUAGAAUUACAAAACUUGAAGAAAAAUGCAGUUCCUCUUGAUGAAGAAACUAGAACAAACAGUAACGAAAUAUGUCCUGAGCAAAAGGUUCAUAGUGAAAUCGAGGAGAUUGAAGAUGAAGCCUGUGAAAAGAUCGAACAUCAAAAUCAGGAUGAAAGGAACAUACAUGAUUGUCCAGUCAAUCAACUUGUACCGAAGCUCAGCAAGAACGAGAAUGUUGGUAUUAUCCCUGAGGUCAAACAAGCUUUAGGAACUUUGGAUAAGGCUAUUUCUAUCAUAAGGGAAUGUAGAUGUAACAUGGAAACUAGGACAGUUCCCGGCAGCACUGUAAUGUCAGUAGACGCGGAGAAAGACAGUCUACAAGAUUCAAAAUCAUCAGAAGCUGAUAAGGAUGGGAGAAACAUUGGAGAUUUUGGUGAAAUACACAAACAGGAAUUUAGAGAAGCAACCUUUUAUGAACACAGAAAUAGCUCUUGUUCCAGGCGCACAAGUUCUAGUUUGUGCACAAGGGAAGCACCCCAUAACAAGAUUGCUCCAGCAUCCCCUGAUGUUUAUGCUGCAAUUACUAGUGGUGAGGCACAUCACAUUGAUCUAUGCUCUCCGACAGAUCUAGAAACGACAGGGAAAACAAUGGAGAAGAUAUUGAAGGAAGACAAUGUGACGGUUGCCAAUGAGGAUGACAUCCAUGAGAAGAAGCUCGGUGAAAGAAAAACUAGAAAACUACCGAGAUAUUGCUGCUUGUACUUUCUCUCCGGGCAGGUUGUGGCUUAACAGUGAGCAACUAACAAUACAAUAGGUGAAGAAUGUAAAACAAUUUUACUGUUGCUCGAGUAGUAAUUCGUUUAGUUUUCAUUUUCUUUUCUACAACAUAAGUAUAUGAAGCAUAAAUGUGAGAAUUUCAUUUAAGUUUAGCUGCAAAUAUGAAAUUUAGUUGCAAAACCUGUUGUAAACUAUUCUUAAUACGAUUAUUCUCUGCUCCCAAGUCAUUUGACACUGUA